AUGAAGGCUAUCCGUAGGUCCCUCAAGGGCGACAAAGAGCAAAGCAAGCCGCCACACCUCAGCCUUAGUGCGAAAAGCGCCAUCGCAAUCGUUCCUCCGAAAAAGGUCAUCAAGGCCCUCUACGAUUACGAGCCUCAGAAUAAAAAUGGUCAAGAGUUGGCUUUCCAUAAAGGCGACUUCUUUCACGUACUGAGUCGUGAAGACGAUACCGAGUGGUACGAAGCCUGCAAUCCUCUCAUUCCGACCGCGCGUGGUCUUGUUCCGGUCGCAUUCUUCGAGGUUAUUGGUAAACAGCAGCGCCAGAGUGGACAGUCCAUUAAUUCUGGGAGUGAGCGGACGGAAGACUCGAGCGUGUCCGAACCCGGUACUCAAAAUUCCAAUCACCAUCGUUCUGCCUCCUCCAUCACUGCAAAGCCAAGCCAUCAACGGGGCGUAAGCAUGGGCGGGCGAGGGACCGGCGCCAUGGUGUAUGGCGUCGUCCAGUACGACUUCAAUGCAGAGCGCGCAGACGAGUUGGAAGCAAAAGCCGGCGAAGCCAUCAUCGUCGUUGCCCAGUCCAAUCCAGAAUGGUUUGUCGCAAAACCAAUAGGGCGCCUAGGGGGGCCAGGCCUGAUUCCUGUAUCGUUCAUUGACAUCAAAGAUACCGCGACGAUGAAGUCAGUGCCCGAUCCGUUAGAAGCCGUGCGCAAAGCCGGCGUACCUAGGGUGGAAGAAUGGAAGAAAUUUGCCGCCGAGUACAAGAACAGCAGUAUCAGCCUGGGUAAAUUCGGCGGCGAGGCGACGCAAAAUAUGCAGCAGGAAUUCGGUCGUCUGAGCAUCCAAAAUGCCUCCGGGCGAAGUCCAUACCCACCAUCGAUGCAAGCGCUACCAGUCCAAAGGCCUGAUCCUUCGGUACCGCCCGCUCCUGUCCAGGCUUCCGUACCGCGCUACUGCUUCGACAACGACAUGUACUGGUAUAUAAUUGAAUGUCAGCUCGAUGACGGUCGUUGGUUCGAGCUGUCCCGCUACUAUGCCGACUUCUACGACCUGCAGAUUGCUCUUAUCGAGGCCUUUCCCGUCGAAGCUGGUAACCGCAACAAACAACGCACCCUGCCUUUCAUGCCCGGACCUGUCGCCCAUGUUACGGAUGCUAUCUCCAACGGCCGACGGCAAAACCUCGACGAGUAUAUCAAGCAGAUAAUCAAUAUGCCCGAGCACAUCUCAAAGAGUAUGCUGGUACGUAACCUCUUUAAACCGAAACCAGGACAAGACUUCGAAAUCGAUCCCAAUGCGCUGAACGACGACUACCGCCUCUCGAGCGGCUCACAACAGUCGUUGCAACGGGUGCAAUCAAAUCAGCUCAGCCAAGCAUCCUCCAACCAACAAAUGAGCGGCGGCUACGGCGGUAUGGGCCCACCUCCAGGACCCGGCAGCGCACGCGGUCCUCCUGGCGGAUAUGGUGGCCUCAUGUCCCCUACUGGUGUUGGCCCUGACAGGCCAUAUCUUCAAUCCCAACCCUCAAAUCUUACGCAGGCAUCGCAAAAUUCCGGGCAGUCGCAAACGCCCUUGAGACUGAAGAUAUUCUGGCAGGAAGACACCAUCGUGAUGCGCUUCCCACCAGAUAUUGGUUUCAAUGAGCUCCUGGAGAAGGUAAAGGCGCGCCUAAAGGUCAAGAAUGGGUCGCUGCAUUUACGUUGGGAAGAAGUCAUAUCCGGCAAGAAGGAAGAUAAUGCUCUGUACCCACUGUAUGGCGAUGAGUCGCUGGAUGAGGCGAUCGAGAAGAUGGGGCUGAAUCUGAGGGUGUUCGCAAGCGCGACGGUCGCGCCCGAGGGUUGA